GUACUAGUUAUUUUAAUGGGUAUAAAGCUGGAAUUCCGGGCGGAAGACGGCUAGACGCCUAGACCUAAGAGUGGGGAAGUUGUUAGGAAAGCAAAGAUGGAGUUGGUUUUAUGCCAAUCAUUGGGUUGCAGCAAAAUCAAUGUCUAUCACGAAGCUACAUGCCAUUACGACGAGGAAGAAGACCUAAUUUCCUCCUUAAAAGCAGCAGUAGCCCCAGGCACGUCGUCGUCCGCAUCAGUUGUGUUCAAAGAGCAGAGCAUCCUGAGAUUAAGCGUGGCAGAACAUCCUAUGGAUGAGUUCCUGGAGGAGAAGGGUUGGCUGGAGACGAGGAAGUCAUCCCUUGACCUUCCUUGGUCUAGAGACGGAAUAAUUACAGAUGAGAAGCAUUGGCGGGAGGCAAGGCAGGCAUGCCUCGACCUUCCUUGGUCCUCUGAAGACGGUAUACGAAUAGACGAUUACAGUAAUCUAAAAAUAUCUGAAACCCUUACUUCCCUUGGGGUUCCUGAAGUCUCCCAUCAAUCGAUCAUCGACAAACUCCGCCGCCUUGGGACCCGCGGUUUAGCUCCUAAGGUCGUGGUGGGAAUCCUCGAGGUGACGCACAUCACCCUCCCCCUUGUGGACAAAGAAGGAAAAGCAAUCUACCCAGAAGAAGAAGAAGAAGAAGAAGAAGAAGAAGAAGAACUUCCUGUUCAAACCGAAGAAGAAGAAGAAGAAGAAAUUGAUCGUGCACAAUUUCUUGUUUCUCUCAAAAAAUUAAUUGUGGGCGCAGGAGACAUUAAUGAAGAGGAUGAGGAUGCUUUAAUAGUAGAUUGGUGCUUGAAAUUAUGUAAUGCCAUCAACAAACUUGCUUGGCAGGCAUCUGAGGCGAAGGAGGAGGAAGCGGCAAAGGAGGCAAAGGAGGAGGAAGGGAGUGAAGAGGAUAAAAAGGAGGCAAAGGUGGAAGAGGAGGAUGGAUCUUGCCCUAUUUGCAUGGAAAUAUUCAAACCAGAUGUGGCAUCAUGGAGUGAGAUGCCUUGCUGCUCUAGAGUCUUCCACUGUGAUUGCAUCUCAAAGUGGACUGAACGUGUCAGAAAGUGUCCCUGGUGCCGUUCCUCCUUGCCACUCGUGCUUCAGUCCGCAAAGGGUCUUAUUGAACGACUCUGUUCAGAUUAUUGGUAUACUCCAAUUCAUCCAGGGUUUCAUGGACAAUUAGUGUCAUUAUGGCAUCUUUUGGCUGAUAAAGUUUGGUGGAGCGACCGGAUUGCAAAUGUGGCUGUCUCGACAUCAACAUUAAAAUUACACGAGCUUAGGAAUUAGCCACACAGUUUCAUCCAUGAAACUGGAGGCUAUUAUUUAUACUAGCUUGUUAAUUGGCUAUGGUAGUAAUUAAGCAUCCCAAGUUACCAAGUAGUAUAUAUGUGACACUGUCUGCAGCUGUGGUGCACAUUCCUUCAAAAGAUUAUCCUUUUUGUUUUCUUUUUGUGAUGUUGUUUGUGUUACUUGAUAGAGUAGAUGAGUUAUUUGGUGGUUACAAGAAACUUGAUUUGAGAUU